AUGUCUGACCUGGCGAAGAAUGAAAAGACAGUGCUGGAGAAGGCCUCUGAGAAUCAGACAGACACUGAGAAAUUGGACAAAAAUUCCGAUGUAGGCACCAGAAUCCCUGUCACUAAUGUUGUUGAUCUGAAAACUGAUCUACCCAGGUUAGCAGUUUCUAAAACCCAGGGGCAGAGCACCCAAGUUAACACAUACAGCUUACGAAAGAGAGAGAAAAAAGUGUACGUUGAAAUAAAUGAACCACAAGAUGAUGAUUAUUUAUUUUGUGAGAUUUGCCUGAUAUUCUUCAUUGAUGAGUGUUCGGUUCAUGGCCCUCCAGUUUUCAUCAAAGACCCAAUAGUAGAAACAGGACAAGAAAGGAGAGCAGCUCUCACUUUGCCCCCGGGGAUGCGAAUUGGGCUUUCGAGUAUCCCACAGGCGGGGCUUGGAGUCUGGAAUGAGGCAGACACCCUGCCGAUCGGAGUUCAUUUUGGCCCAUACGAUGGAAGGAUAACCGAGGAUGAGGAAGCAGCCCACAAUGGUUAUUCUUGGCUGAUCACCAAGGGAAGAAACUGGUAUGUAUACAUUGAUGGAAAGGAUGAAACUAAUGCCAACUGGAUGAGGUAUGUUAACUGCGCUAGGGAUGAGGAAGAGCAGAACCUUGUCGCUUUCCAGUAUCAUGGGAAAAUCUACUAUAGAGUGUGCAGGCCCAUCCUGCCGCAUAGUGAGCUUCUGGUCUGGUACGGGGAUGAAUAUGGCAAGGAGCUGGGCAUCAAGUGGGGCACGAGAUGGAAAAGCACAGCUCCACCCAAAGUGCGUGGGCAGGAUCUACACUGCUAUCCAUGCCCUUGCUGCAGGCUGGCUUUCAGCAGCAAAGAUUACCUCAGACAACACUUGAAGUAUAAGCACCUGCCUACCGAAUUGCAGACUGAAGAAGACGAAGGUGCUCUGGGAGGGGAAUCUUGCCCUAAAACCAGAGGUCUUUCCUUCCCGGGGGAUCCACCAUCACAGCAGCUGCCACCAAACCCCAGCUCCCUCUGCAAAGACACAUGGGGAAAGAAACCACAUUUGCAAGGGCAGAGGGAAGGUGUGGGAGGUAGAGAGGCGUUUGGCUUACUGUCAAACCUGCCUCCACAGCAGUGGAGAGACACAACAGGGGAGCCACAUGCACAGAGCGAAACAGGGGAGGAGGGAAGGGGCGGUCGCAGACAGAAGUGGUAUUCCUGCGGCGAGUGUGGGCAGAACUUCCACAGGCCAUCACACCUAGUUAGACAUCAGCAGAGCCACACAGGAGAGAAGUCCUAUCCUUGUGGUGAGUGUGGGAGGAGGUUCAGCCAGUCAUCAGACCUCACCAGACACCAGCGCACCCACACGGGAGAGAGGCCCUUCCAGUGCCUGGAGUGUGGGAGGAGGUUCAGCCGGUCAUCCAGCCUCGCCACCCACCAGCGCAUCCACACGGGAGAGAGGCCCUUCCAGUGCCUGGAGUGUGGGAGGAGGUUCAGCCAGUCAUCCAGCCUCGCCACCCACCAGCGCACCCACACGGGAGAGAGGCCCUUCCAGUGCCUGGAGUGUGGGAGGAGGUUCAGCCGGUCAUCCAGCCUCGCCACCCACCAGCGCACCCACACGGGAGAGAGGCCCUUCCAGUGCCUGGAGUGUGGGAGGAGUUUCAGGCAGCCAUCAAACCUGACCUGCCACCAACGGACUCACGCCUAGAGGGGAAACAACUGUCAGAGCUGGCAGCUGACUGACAUGAGGGCUCUGUGUCAAUCCUGUGGGAUUCUGGGUAAAGCAGGGAGCUGUAGUGAUAGACUCCUUAACCUUCUUGGCGGGCUUUUGGUUUGCUCCUCUGCUUCAUACUGACUGCGGUGGUCAGUGUAACCCCCUUCACCUUUCCGCUCCUGGGCUGAGUGGAGAGCAGCGUCCUUCAAGCUGGGCUUUUGCUGUCCUGAGGAGCCUGCUGCGUCUGCCUCUCC